AUGGUCGACGACUAUAUCCGGGUGAAGCAUCCUGAAAUGGAUCUAGAGAAGGCGCAGACGCUCCAAGAGAUAGAGCAACGGCACCAGUGUGUGGUACAUUAUGGGACCUGGGCUCCGCAGGGCCAUACUAAUCCCGACAACGUAGGUUUGACUCCGGACACGCGAGUCAACAGAGGCCUGCCACGCUGGUCUCAGCACAACUUCCCUGAAGAAGCCUUUCCCAUCUUCCGAGAGAAUAUAUUGGGGAUAGGUUCAGAGGUGGCACGAUUCAUCUUUGAAACCAUCGAUCCUGUUGAGUGCGCACUCAACGAGACGCGGCGCAUGAACCUAUCAGCUCCGAAUUUGUCGACCCUUACCGUGUUGGGUCUUAACUCAUUUACCGGAAGACACAGGGACCAGACCGACAUCAAGCAUGGCCUUGCAAGCCUUGUGGCUAUGGGACAGUAUGACGGCGAUCUUUGUUUCCCCAGUUCGGAAAUGAAACUCUCGUAUCAGCCGGGUGACUGCGUGGUCUUCCGAGGUGCGGAAGAAGAGCAUUUCGUCAGGGACUGGAGAGGUUAUCGCUUCUUCCUGCUCUUUACCAACCACCAGCCCGUGCUGCCGGUGGUACCGCCCGAGGUGGACAUCGAAGCGCACGAUCCAUGUUUCAACGAGAUUUCGGACCAAGAAGAGGAAGAGCUCAGCGAGAAGGACAUGCUCGGUCCUGCUCUUGAUGAGUCGGAGAGCUCCCUGUCUCUGAGCAGUGAGGAUUGA